CAAAUGGAAUCUGAAGUACCUGAGAGUUAUACUAAGGAUGAGAUCGUGUGGGCAAAGAUAAGAGGAUGUAAGUGGUAUACAUUAUUUUAGACCCCUGGUGGCCUGGAAUUAUAGCUGAAGUGAUAAAAGAUAAAUAGUCAUCAGAGCCUACAAAAUAUCUUGUUAAUUUUAUUGGAGAUAACUCACAGUAUGAUUAACCUUUGAAUAGAAGUUCCACAUUACCUUUUUAAAGUCUUGCCAAAUAUUAGGAGAAGUAUGAGGAAAUAGUUCAAAAAAUCAAGACUAAACAACUCAAAGAUUCGGUCUCAGCAGCAGAUUAAAUUUUGAAAGGGUAAUCGACAUAUGAAAGUAUUUAAAUUCUGAUAUUAGUUGAAUCAAAAAAAAUCUCUAACAAAAAGAAUUUCACUAAAACAGUCAGUAAGCGUAAGAGAACAAGAUCAUCAUCGAGUGAAGAACACAGUGGGAUAUAUGGAUCAUCUAGAAAAUCGAAGAUGGAUUCUGAGGAUAUCACGAAACCUGACAAUUUUAGUUCAGAGAUUUAAGAGUUAUUGAAAUUGAUGUCUGAGACUAAAUUGAAUCCACACUAAAUAGAAACUAAAAUAUCAAGUGUAUGAGAUAAAGUAAUUAAAAUGAUAGCUGACUCAAAUUCUUGAUUUGGAUAGACCAGACAUAAUGGAAAUAUUAUAGGGACCGAAUGGAAAAUAGUUAAUGUAGAUUCAAGCACGAUUGACUGAUAAAAAGAGUCUUUCCUAAGCCCAAGUCGAUUUUACGCAGCUCCUUGAGAAAUUGAAAUCAAUUGUAUUGAGAACGGUAAUACAGAAAUGAAAAAUCUAGUUUUUUACAGUAUUUUGAUCCGACCGAAAUCAUCCAGUAAUUGCAUUAAGUAUCAGGUCAAAAGAAGAUCACCUAAAAGUUAUUAGAGAAAUUGUCGAAUCAGCCGAAUUUCAUUUUGGAUUGUAUCAUAUAUAAAGAUGAUUUUAUAGCUGAAGAUGACAGUGAAGAGUCAGAUUCAGAGGAGAGUGAUGGGGAAAGCGAGGAGGAUGAAUCAAGUGAAGAAUCAGUGAAAAAGGGCAAAUACUAGAAGCAGAUUCCCAUUACUAAACCAAUCAUCAGAAAAAAAUACCCUUAGAAUCAAUCCCCUAAGAAAGCCAGAAAAUAGAGUCAGGAUAUUCCAAAUCCUUUGCAAAAAAACAAAGUGGUUUAGAAGAUCUCUGAGACUAUUUCUGAACAUACUGAUUAAAGUAUUCCAAAGAGGAUAAGUGAAGAUAUUGAGAGCAGGAUUAGGUUGUGUGAUUCGAAUAUGGGAUUUGUAUAUAAGAAAAAAUAUCGUACAAUUCUAGAGAAUAUUAAAGUAUGCAUGUUUCUUUAUCUUAGAAAUAAUCCAAACAAGAUAUAAUCAAUUUGUUAUAAAAUAGUUCAAAUUCAGAAUAGUUAUGGAGUAAACAUAAUUUUUAAUUUUUAGAUCUUCUGAAUGGUCAUACCCAAAGUAUGAACCAGAGCGGCAAUAAGCAAAAUGAUUAUGAAUAAUAAUAUUCAUGA